AUGGUGAGGACACAGCUAAUGAGGCUAUCAUGGAGUACUGAGAACUGACAGAGAGAGAGAAGAGGACUCUCCCCACCGGCCCCUCAGUCAAAGACAAGAGGCUUUUAAAGAGGACAGGAUUGUAAGCGAGGCAGCAACGGUCAGAGGAAUCUGACAGUUACCCACUGUGUAACUUCUAGGAAAAUAUAAUACAUUAUUCUAUGUGUUUAGGUGCCGCAACAGUUAGAACCCACUGUAAUCAACAUUCAGUAACCGAAUUAUCAGUUAGAGUCCACUGUAAUCAACAUUCAGUAACCGAAUUAUCAGUUAGAGUCCACUGUAAUCAACAUUCAGUAACCGAAUUAUCAGUUAGAGUCCACUGUAAUCAACAUUCAGUAACCGAAUUAUCAGUUAGAGUCCACUGUAAUCAACAUUCAGUAACCGAAUUAUCAGUUAGAGUCCACUGUAAUCAACAUUCAGUAACCGUAUUAUAAUUUAGAGUCCACUGUAAUCAACAUUCAGUAACCGUAUUAUAAUUUAGAGUCCACUGUAAUCAACAUUCAGUAACCGUAUUAUAAUUUAGAGUCCACUGUAAUCAACAUUCAGUAACCGUAUUAUAUAAUUUAGAGUCCACUGUAAUCAACAUUCAGUAACCGUAUUAUAAUUUAGAGUCCACUGUAAUCAACAUUCAGUAACCAAAUUAUCAUUUAGAAACCACUGUAACUUGCAAAUAAUAUGCUUCAUUAUUGGAUGUAUAGUGUAAAAGAUGAAUAAUGUAAUGAAGUUUACAAGCUUGAUUACAGUUACAGUCUUGCCUAUGUAUAAAAAGGGAAUAUAUUUACAUUGAUUUGUACCAAAUCUUUACCAUGCACACAUUGUGCAAUAUUCCACAAAGUGCCCACAUUCUUUGCAAUUAUCAAUCAAUCAACAAAUCAAUAAAUCAAUCAACACACCCAUUAAUCAUAACAGUCUGUUCAGGAGUGAAAAGCCCAUUGUCUCUUGGAGAACUGACUCCUGAACCUGGAGUUAGUUGCCCCCUAUCCAGAUGACUCAAGGAGGUAAACUAAACCAUGCUCUUGAGACUAAGAAACACGGGCCCUCAAGACGUUAAUGAAACCAAGGACCCUUCAGCUAUUGUGUCGUGCUCAGUCCUACACACAAUGUGCUCUGUGUGUGUUCAUCCCCUGUGUGUGUGUGUGCUGUUAACCAUGAAUACUGCUCCUCUAGCCUCUACCCCUAUACAACCCGCUCUCCACACACACACACACACACACACACACACACACACACACACACACCACACACCCUCUCAGUAGGACCCCCACCUACUCCAACAGUUCUCUUUGACUUCUUUUUACACACUGGUCUGUCUGUAGACUAAUUCUUAUUACACAGUGGUCUGUCUGCAGACUAAUUCUUAUUACACACUGGUCUGUCUGCAGACUAAUUCUUAUUACACAGUGGUCUGUCUGCAGACUAAUUCUUAUUACACAUGAAUGGUCUGCCAUGACAUCAUGGCAGCUGGAGACAUUUUCACUAAAAGAAAACCUUCCCUUGAAAAACAACUUUUCCUAAUUUUUUCACAAAGCAAUAACCAUGUGUAUGUUAAAGACUAGAAACUAGUCUACGGUAGUUUACAGUUAUUUGAUCAUCUACUGUAUACUAUAGGCUAAUACACGUUUUUUUCCUCCAUUAAAUUAAUGUAGUUGAUCAUUAUGUUUGGUGAGGAGAGAGGCAGUCGUGGCCGAAACACUUGUAUUAUGGCGGCCAUUUCUGCACCCCAGCUGCUGCUGUGCCGGUAUUAACUGAAAUAAACAACAGCAAUUGAAAACCAGCGUAUGCUCAGUCAAAGAUGCCUUCAUAAAACUAUGUCCUGUGGUAUCAUGGGGCAUUAUGGAAUAUUAUGGCUACUGGGCUCGCUCAUUAAAGCUCCAUUUGAGAGCUGAUUUAGCCCCAGUGUCCCUCACGGCUAAACAAUGUUGCAGGGGCCCCUCUCUCUCUCUCCUCUUUCCCCCUCCGACCCUUUGGCUGGCCUUAGCUGGGCCGGAGCGCUCGGGAGCUACGUGCCGGCAGCUCAAACAGCCUGGCGGCAGGGGUAGGACAGGGUAGGAAACCCAGCUGUCAUGUCCAAUUACAGGCCUGAAUACGGAGCAGGGCUGAAUAACUAACGUAGGGUCCAGAGUGACGCUAGCUAGUAGCUCUGUACAGGGGCCAAUACUGUAUGGACAGACAAACGGGCUUUGGCUUUAGAACUGCCGUCGCGGUGACGGGGGUGAUCUGCUCUUUCAGGACUGUGCGUGUGUGUGUGUGCGUUCGAGGGAAGGAGGAGAGGAGGACAGGAGGAUAGGAGGAUAGGAGGACAGGAGGACAGGAGGACAGGAGGACAGGAGGACAGGAGGACAGGAGGACAGGAGGACAGGAGGACAGGAGGACAUGAGGACAGGAGGAAAGGAGGACAGGAGGACAGGAGGACAGGAGGACAGGAGGAAAGGAGGACAUGGUUCUGGGGUUCAGUAAAGCGUACUCUAUGUUUAAACUAGUUUGAAUGCAGCAAUGAACAGAGUUUUCCUCUUCAUUGUUCUACCUACUUCUGCUUAAUUCUUUGAUGUGGUUUCUGUCCCAUUAAGUACUUUGUCUUUUGGCUUCCAACGUAGGGGACAAAGCCAGAGGAGGAGUGACAGUUGGUUGUGUUGACAGUGUAGGAUGAGGAUUCUGUUGACUGAUUUGUGAUUCCUGAGACACAUUAUGAGUCUGCAAAAGUCUGAUGAAUGAAAACUAUGUUAAAAGUACUUUAUUCUUAGCACAACAUCUCUCAUUAAAUGACUAUAGCCUACAGUAUAUUUAUUCUCUGGUGACUGGUGACUAUAGACUACAGUAUAUUUAUUCUCUGGUGACUAUAGACAACAGUAUAUUUAUUAUCUGGUGACUAUAGACUACAUUAUAUGUAUUAUCUGGUGACUAUAGACUACAGUAUAUUUAUUCUCUGGUGACUAUAGACUACAGUAUAUUUAUUCUCUGGUGACUAUAGACUACAGUAUAUUUAUUAUCUGGUGACUAUAGACUACAGUAUAUUUAUUAUCUGGUGACUAUAGACUACAGUAUAUUUAUUCUCUGGUGACUAUAGACUACAGUAUAUUUAUUCUCUGGUGACUAUAGACUACAGUAUAUUUAUUCUCUGGUGACUAUAGACUACAGUAUAUUUAUUAUCUGGUGACUAUAGACUACAGUAUAAUUAUUAUCUGGUGAAUAUAGACUACAGUAUAUUUAUUCUCUGGUCACUAUAGACUACAGUAUAUUUAUUCUCUGGUGACUAUAGACUACAGUAUAUUUAUUCUCUGGUGACUAUAGACUACGUAUAUUAUUAUCUGGUGACUAUAGACUACAGUAUAUUUAUUAUCUGGGUGACUAUAGACUACAGUAUAUUUAUUCUCUGGUCACUAUAGACUACAGUAUAUUUAUUCUCUGGUCACUAUAGACUACAGUAUAUUUAUUCUCUGGUGACUAUAGGACUACAGUAUAUUUAUUAUCUGGUGACUAUAGACUACAGUAUAUUUAUUCUCUGGUGACUAUAGACUACAGUAUAUUUAUUCUCUGGUGACUAUAGACUACAGUAUAUUUAUUCUCUGGUGACUAUAGACUACAGUAUAUUUAUUCUCUGGUGACUAUAGACUACAGUAUAUUUAUUAUCUGGUGACUAUAGACUACAGUAUAUUUAUUAUCUGGUGACUAUAGACUACAGUAUAUUUAUUCUCUGGUGACUAUAGACUAUAGUAUAUUUAUUCUCUGGUGACUAUAGACUACAGUAUAUUUAUUCUCUGGUGACUAUAGACUACAGUAUAUUUAUUCUCUGGUGACUAUAGACUACAGUAUAUUUAUUAUCUGGUGACUAUAGACUACAGUAUAUUUAUUCUCUGGUGACUAUAGACUACAGUAUAUUUAUUAUCUGGUGACUAUAGACUACAGUAUAUUUAUUAUCUGGUGACUAUAGACUACAGUAUAUUUAUUCUCUGGUGACUAUAGACUACAGUAUAUUUAUUCUCUGGUGACUAUAGACUACAGUAUAUUUAUUAUCUGGUGACUAUAGACUACAGUAUAAUUAUUAUCUGGUGAAUAUAGACUACAGUAUAUUUAUUCUCUGGUCACUAUAGACUACAGUAUAUUUAUUCUCUGGUGACUAUAGACUACAGUAUAUUUAUUCUCUGGUGACUAUAGACUACAGUAUAUUUAUUAUCUGGUGACUAUAGACUACAGUAUAUUUAUUCUCUGGUGACUAUAGACUACAGUAUAUUUAUUCUCUGGUCACUAUAGACUACAGUAUAUUUAUUCUCUGGUGACUAUAGACUACAGUAUAUUUAUUCUCUGGUGACUAUAGACUACAGUAUAUUUAUUAUCUGGUGACUAUAGACUACAGUAUAUUUAUUCUCUGGUGACUACAGACUACAGUAUAUUUAUUCUCUGGUGACUAUAGACUACAGUAUAUUUAUUCUCUGGUGACUAUAGACUACAGUAUAUUUAUUCUCUGGUGACUAUAGACUACAGUAUAUUUAUUAUCUGGUGACUAUAGACUACAGUAUAUUUAUUAUCUGGUGACUAUAGACUACAGUAUAAUUAUUAUCUGGUGAAUAUAGACUACAGUAUAUUUAUUCUCUGGUCACUAUAGACUACAGUAUAUUUAUUCUCUGGUGACUAUAGACUACAGUAUAUUUAUUCUCUGGUGACUAUAGACUACAGUAUAUUUAUUAUCUGGUGACUAUAGACUACAGUAUAUUUAUUCUCUGGUGACUAUAGACUACAGUAUAUUUAUUCUCUGGUCACUAUAGACUACAGUAUAUUUAUUCUCUGGUGACUAUAGACUACAGUAUAUUUAUUCUCUGGUGACUAUAGACUACAGUAUAUUUAUUAUCUGGUGACUAUAGACUACAGUAUAUUUAUUCUCUGGUGACUAUAGACUACAGUAUAUUUAUUCUCUGGUGACUAUAGACUACAGUAUAUUUAUUCUCUGGUGACUAUAGACUACAGUAUAUUUAUUCUCUGGUGACUAUAGACUACAGUAUAUUUAUUAUCUGGUGACUAUAGACUACAGUAUAUUUAUUCUCUGGUGACUAUAGACUACAGUAUAUUUAUUCUCUGGUGACAAUAGACUACAGUAUAUUUAUUCUCUGGUGACUAUAGACUACAGUAUAUUUAUUAUCUGGUGACUAUAGACUACAGUAUAUUUAUUCUCUGGUGACUAUAGACUACAGUAUAUUUAUUAUCUGGUGACUAUAGACUACAGUAUAUAUAUUCUCUGGUGACUAUAGACUACAGUAUAUUUAUUAUCUGGUGACUAUAGCCUACAGUAUAUUUAUUCUCUGGUGACUAUAGACUACAGUAUAUUUAUCAUCUGGUGACUAUAGACUACAGUAUAUUUAUUCUCUGGUGACUAUAGACUACAGUAUAUUUAUUGUCUGGUGACUAUAGACUACAGUAUAUUUAUUCUCUGGUGACUAUAGACUACAGUAUAUUUAUUCUCUGGUGACUAUAGACUACAGUAUAUUUAUUCUCUGGUGACUAUAGACUACAGUAUAUUUAUUCCCUGGUGACUAUAUACUACAGUAUAUUUAUUCUCUGGUGACUAUAGACUACAGUAUAUUUAUUAUCUGGUGACUAUAGACUACAGUAUAUUUAUUCUCUGGUGACUAUAGACUACAGUAUAUUUAUUCUCUGGUGACUAUAGACUUAGUAUAUUUAUUCUCUGGUUACUAUAGACUACAGUAUAUUUAUUCUCUGGUGACUAUAGACUACAGUAUAUUUAUUAUCUGGUGACUAUAGACUACAGUAUAUUUAUUCUCUGGUGACUAUAGACUACAGUAUAUUUAUUAUCUGGUGACUAUAGACUACAGUAUAUUUAUUCUCUGGUGACUAUAGACUACAGUAUAUUUAUUCUCUGGUGACUAUAGACUACAGUAUAUUUAUUCUCUGGUGACUAUAGACUACAGUAUAUUUAUUAUCUGGUGACUAUAGACUACAGUAUAAUUAUUAUCUGGUGAAUAUAGACUACAGUAUAUUUAUUCUCUGGUCACUAUAGACUACAGUAUAUUUAUUCUCUGGUGACUAUAGACUACAGUAUAUUUAUUCUCUGGUGACUAUAGACUACAGUAUAUUUAUUAUCUGGUGACUAUAUACUACAGUAUAUUUAUUCUCUGGUGACUAUAGACUACAGUAUAUUUAUUCUCUGGUCACUAUAGACUACAGUAUAUUUAUUCUCUGGUGACUAUAGACUACAGUAUAUUUAUUCUCUGGUGACUAUAGACUACAGUAUAUUUAUUCUCUGGUGACUAUAGACUACAGUAUAUUUAUUCUCUGGUGACUAUAGACUACAGUAUAUUUAUUCUCUGGUGACUAUAGACUACAGUAUAUUUAUUCUCUGGUGACUAUAGACUACAGUAUAUUUAUUCUCUGGUGACUAUAGACUACAGUAUAUUUAUUAUCUGGUGACUAUAGACUACAGUAUAUUUAUUAUCUGGUGACUAUAGACUACAGUAUAUUUAUUCUCUGGUGACUAUAGACUAUAGUAUAUUUAUUCUCUGGUGACUAUAGACUACAGUAUAUUUAUUCUCUGGUGACUAUAGACUACAGUAUAUUUAUUCUCUGGUGACUAUAGACUACAGUAUAUUUAUUAUCUGGUGACUAUAGACUACAGUAUAUUUAUUCUCUGGUGACUAUAGACUACAGUAUAUUUAUUAUCUGGUGACUAUAGACUACAGUAUAUUUAUUAUCUGGUGACUAUAGACUACAGUAUAUUUAUUCUCUGGUGACUAUAGACUACAGUAUAUUUAUUCUCUGGUGACUAUAGACUACAGUAUAUUUAUUAUCUGGUGACUAUAGACUACAGUAUAAUUAUUAUCUGGUGAAUAUAGACUACAGUAUAUUUAUUCUCUGGUCACUAUAGACUACAGUAUAUUUAUUCUCUGGUGACUAUAGACUACAGUAUAUUUAUUCUCUGGUGACUAUAGACUACAGUAUAUUUAUUAUCUGGUGACUAUAGACUACAGUAUAUUUAUUCUCUGGUGACUAUAGACUACAGUAUAUUUAUUCUCUGGUCACUAUAGACUACAGUAUAUUUAUUCUCUGGUGACUAUAGACUACAGUAUAUUUAUUCUCUGGUGACUAUAGACUACAGUAUAUUUAUUAUCUGGUGACUAUAGACUACAGUAUAUUUAUUCUCUGGUGACUAUAGACUACAGUAUAUUUAUUCUCUGGUGACUAUAGACUACAGUAUAUUUAUUCUCUGGUGACUAUAGACUACAGUAUAUUUAUUCUCUGGUGACUAUAGACUACAGUAUAUUUAUUAUCUGGUGACUAUAGACUACAGUAUAUUUAUUAUCUGGUGACUAUAGACUACAGUAUAAUUAUUAUCUGGUGAAUAUAGAAUACAGUAUAUUUAUUCUCUGGUCACUAUAGACUACAGUAUAUUUAUUCUCUGGUGACUAUAGACUACAGUAUAUUUAUUCUCUGGUGACUAUAGACUACAGUAUAUUUAUUAUCUGGUGACUAUAGACUACAGUAUAUUUAUUCUCUGGUGACUAUAGACUACAGUAUAUUUAUUCUCUGGUCACUAUAGACUACAGUAUAUUUAUUCUCUGGUGACUAUAGACUACAGUAUAUUUAUUCUCUGGUGACUAUAGACUACAGUAUAUUUAUUAUCUGGUGACUAUAGACUACAGUAUAUUUAUUCUCUGGUGACUAUAGACUACAGUAUAUUUAUUCUCUGGUGACUAUAGACUACAGUAUAUUUAUUCUCUGGUGACUAUAGACUACAGUAUAUUUAUUCUCUGGUGACUAUAGACUACAGUAUAUUUAUUAUCUGGUGACUAUAGACUACAGUAUAUUUAUUAUCUGGUGACUAUAGACUACAGUAUAUUUAUUCUCUGGUGACUAUAGACUAUAGUAUAUUUAUUCUCUGGUGACUAUAGACUACAGUAUAUUUAUUCUCUGGUGACUAUAGACUACAGUAUAUUUAUUCUCUGGUGACUAUGGACUACAGUAUAUUUAUUAUCUGGUGACUAUAGACUACAGUAUAUUUAUUCUCUGGUGACUAUAGACUACAGUAUAUUUAUUAUCUGGUGACUAUAGACUACAGUAUAUUUAUUAUCUGGUGACUAUAGACUACAGUAUAUUUAUUCUCUGGUGACUAUAGACUACAGUAUAUUUAUUCUCUGGUGACUAUAGACUACAGUAUAUUUAUUAUCUGGUGACUAUAGACUACAGUAUAAUUAUUAUCUGGUGAAUAUAGACUACAGUAUAUUUAUUCUCUGGUCACUAUAGACUACAGUAUAUUUAUUCUCUGGUGACUAUAGACUACAGUAUAUUUAUUCUCUGGUGACUAUAGACUACAGUAUAUUUAUUAUCUGGUGACUAUAGACUACAGUAUAUUUAUUCUCUGGUGACUAUAGACUACAGUAUAUUUAUUCUCUGGUCACUAUAGACUACAGUAUAUUUAUUCUCUGGUGACUAUAGACUACAGUAUAUUUAUUCUCUGGUGACUACAGACUACAGUAUAUUUAUUAUCUGGUGACUAUAGACUACAGUAUAUUUAUUCUCUGGUGACUAUAGACUACAGUAUAUUUAUUCUCUGGUGACUAUAGACUACAGUAUAUUUAUUCUCUGGUGACUAUAGACUACAGUAUAUUUAUUCUCUGGUGACUAUAGACUACAGUAUAUUUAUUAUCUGGUGACUAUAGACUACAGUAUAUUUAUUAUCUGGUGACUAUAGACUACAGUAUAUUUAUUCUCUGGUGACUAUAGACUAUAGUAUAUUUAUUCUCUGGUGACUAUAGACUACAGUAUAUUUAUUCUCUGGUGACUAUAUACUACAGUAUAUUUAUUCUCUGGUGACUAUAGACUACAGUAUAUUUAUUAUCUGGUGACUAUAGACUACAGUAUAUUUAUUCUCUGGUGACUAUAGACUACAGUAUAUUUAUUCUCUGGUGACUAUAGACUACAGUAUAUUUAUUAUCUGGUGACUAUAGACUACAGUAUAUUAUUCUCUGGUGACUAUAGACUACAGUAUAUUUAUUCUCUGGUGACUAUAGACUACAGUAUAUUUAUUCUCUGGUGACUAUAGACUACAGUAUAUUUAUUAUCUGGUGACUAUAGACUACAGUAUAUUUAUUAUCUGGUGACUAUAGACUACAGUAUAUUUAUUAUCUGGUGACUAUAGACUACAGUAUAUGUAUUAUCUGGUGACUAUAGACUACAGUAUAUUUAUUCUCUGGUGACUAUAGACUACAGUAUAUUUAUUAUCUGGUGACUAUAGACUACAGUAUAUUUAUUCUCUGGUGACUAUAGACUAUAGUAUAUUUAUUCUCUGGUGACUAUAGACUACAGUAUAUUUAUUCUCUGGUGACUAUAGACUACAGUAUAUUUAUUCUCUGGUGACUAUAGACUACAGUAUAUUUAUUCUCUGGUGACUAUAGACUACAGUAUAUUUAUUAUCUGGUGACUAUAGACUACAGUAUAUUUAUUAUCUGGUGACUAUAGACUACAGUAUAUUUAUUCUCUGGUGACUAUAGACUACAGUAUAUUUAUUCUCUGGUGACUAUAGACUACAGUAUAUUUAUUCUCUGGUGACUAUAGACUACAGUAUAUUUAUUCUCUGGUGACUAUAGACUACAGUAUAUUUAUUCUCUGGUGACUAUAGACUACAGUAUAUUUAUUAUCUGGUGACUAUAGCCUACAGUAUAUUUAUUAUCUGGUGACUAUAGACUACAGUAUAUUUAUUAUCUGGUGACUAUAGACUACAGUAUAUUUAUUCUCUGGUGACUAUAGACUACAGUAUAUUUAUUCUCUGGUGACUAUAGACUACAGUAUAUUUAUUAUCUGGUGACUAUAGACUACAGUAUAUUUAUUCUCUGGUCACUAUAGACUACAGUAUAUUUAUUCUCUGGUGACUAUAGACUACAGUAUAUUUAUUCUCUGGUGACUAUAGACUACAGUAUAUUUAUUCUCUGGUGACUAUAGACUACAGUAUAUUUAUUCUCUGGUGACUAUAUACUACAGUAUUUUUAUUCUCUGGUGACUAUAGACUACGGUAUUUUUAUUAUCUGGUGACUAUAGACUACAGUAUAUUUAUUAUCUGGUGACUAUAGACUACAGUAUAUUUAUUAUCUGGUGACUAUAGACUACAGUAUAUUUAUUAUCUGGUGACUAUAGACUACAGUAUAUUUAUUCUCUGGUGACUAUAGCCUACAGUAUAUUUAUUAUCUGGUGACUAUAGACUACAGUAUAUUUAUUAUCUGGUGACUAUAGACUACAGUAUAUUUAUUCUCUGGUGACUAUAGACUACAGUAUAUUUAUUCUCUGGUGACUAUAGACUACAGUAUAUUUAUUAUCUGGUGACUAUAGACUACAGUAUAUUUAUUCUCUGGUCACUAUAGACUACAGUAUAUUUAUUCUCUGGUGACUAUAGACUACAGUAUAUUUAUUCUCUGGUGACUAUAGACUACAGUAUAUUUAUUAUCUGGUGACUAUAGACUACAGUAUAUUUAUUCUCUGGUGACUAUAGACUAUAGUAUAUUUAUUCUCUGGUCACUAUAGACUACAGUAUAUUUAUUCUCUGGUGACUAUAGACUACAGUAUAUUUAUUCUCUGGUGACUAUAGACUACAGUAUAUUUAUUCUCUGGUGACUAUAGACUACAGUAUAUUUAUUAUCUGGUGACUAUAGACUACAGUAUAUUUAUUAUCUGGUGACUAUAGACUACAGUAUAUUUAUUAUCUGGUGACUAUAGACUACAGUAUAUGUAUUAUCUGGUGACUAUAGACUACAGUAUAUUUAUUCUCUGGUGACUAUAGACUACAGUAUAUUUAUUAUCUGGUGACUAUAGACUACAGUAUAUUUAUUCUCUGGUGACUAUAGACUAUAGUAUAUUUAUUCUCUGGUGACUAUAGACUACAGUAUAUUUAUUCUCUGGUGACUAUAGACUACAGUAUAUUUAUUCUCUGGUGACUAUAGACUACAGUAUAUUUAUUCUCUGGUGACUAUAGACUACAGUAUAUUUAUUAUCUGGUGACUAUAGACUACAGUAUAUUUAUUAUCUGGUGACUAUAGACUACAGUAUAUUUAUUCUCUGGUGACUAUAGACUACAGUAUAUUUAUUCUCUGGUGACUAUAGACUACAGUAUAUUUAUUCUCUGGUGACUAUAGACUACAGUAUAUUUAUUCUCUGGUGACUAUAGACUACAGUAUAUUUAUUCUCUGGUGACUAUAGACUACAGUAUAUUUAUUCUCUGGUGACUAUAGACUACAGUAUAUUUAUUAUCUGGUGACUAUAGACUACAGUAUAUUUAUUCUCUGGUGACUAUAGAAUACAGUAUAUUUAUUCUCUGGUGACUAUAGACUACAGUAUAUUUAUUCUCUGGUGACUAUAGACUACAGUAUAUUUAUUCUCUGGUGACUAUAGACUACAGUAUAUUUAUUAUCUGGUGAUUAUAGACUACAGUAUAUUUAUUAUCUGGUGACUAUAGACUACAGUAUAUUUAUUAUCUGGUGACUAUAGACUACAGUAUAUUUAUUCUCUGGUGACUAUAGACUACAGUAUAUUUAUUAUCUGGUGACUAUAGACUACAGUAUAUUUAUUAUCUGGUGACUAUAGACUACAGUAUAUUUAUUAUCUGGUGACUAUAGACUACAGUAUAUUUAUUCUCUGGUGACUAUAGCCUACAGUAUAUUUAUUAUCUGGUGACUAUAGACUACAGUAUAUUUAUUAUCUGGUGACUAUAGACUACAGUAUAUUUAUUCUCUGGUGACUAUAGACUACAGUAUAUUUAUUAUCUGGUGACUAUAGACUACAGUAUAUUUAUUCUCUGGUGACUAUAGACUACAGUAUAUUUAUUCUCUGGUGACUAUAGACUACAGUAUAUUUAUUAUCUGGUGAUUAUAGACUACAGUAUAUUUAUUAUCUGGUGACUAUAGACUACAGUAUAUUUAUUAUCUGGUGACUAUAGACUACAGUAUAUUUAUUCUCUGGUGACUAUAGACUACAGUAUAUUUAUUAUCUGGUGACUAUAGACUACAGUAUAUUUAUUAUCUGGUGACCAUAGACUACAGUAUAUUUAUUAUCUGGUGACUAUAGACUACAGUAUAUUUAUUAUCUGGUGACUAUAGCCUACAGUAUAUUUAUUAUCUGGUGACUAUAGACUACAGUAUAUUUAUUCUCUGGUGACUAUAGACUACAGUAUAUUUAUUAUCUGGUGACUAUAGACUACAGUAUAUUUAUUCUCUGGUGACUAUAGACUACAGUAUAUUUAUUCUCUGGUGACUAUAGACUACAGUAUAUUUAUUCUCUGGUGACUAUAGACUACAGUAUAUUUAUUCUCUGGUGACUAUAGACUACAGUAUAUUUAUUAUCUGGUGACUAUAGACUACAGUAUAUUUAUUCUCUGGUGACUAUAGACUACAGUAUAUUUAUUCUCUGGUCACUAGGGUGUAGAAUACAGUAUAUUUAUUCUCUGGUCACUAGGGUGUAGAAUACAGUAUAUUUAUUCUCUGGUCACUAGGGUGUAGAAUACAGUAGAUUUAUUCUCUGGUCACUAGGGUGUAGGCCAUAGUAUGGAGGCCAUGAUACCUACACUGUAAAAUCAAGUGUUUAGGAUCUGAACACAUAGCCAAACACUUAUCUGGAACACUUUUUAAACACCUCAAGGCAUUUGGAAUUUCAAUGAGAAUGCGUCACAGUGUUUAGAUUGGAAACACCAGAGCAUGUUUAUUUGCUGCAACACUUUUUAAACACAUGAACACGUUUAUUCGGUACAAGUCAUUCGGUUUUAUACUCUAAACACUGGGGCUGUUGUUUUAACACUGUAGGGUGGAAAGCCAGAUUUGCAUAUUUCCCAGCAUGGCUUUCAAGUAAAUGUGAGAGAUACCCACCAAUCACUGUGUUUGUUAGUGACAGAGACAUGAUUGUUACGUUCAAUAACUUCUACCACUGAAGCUUUCACCAGAUGACUGACUAAGUGAAUGUGUUUCAAUUAAAAAUAAACCCUUUAUGACCACAUAUUAUACAUGUUAUAAGGCCUUUAGUUAUGGCCCAGUUAUCCUGGACAUAGUGGUCUGAAAAUCCUGGCUCAUGGGCCACAUCAGACCUGCAAAUUACAAUAUGCUGGUUUAUGAAGUGAUUAGUAAUUCCUGUCGGAAUCCAGCCAGAGGGAGGAUAUCCAAGAAUUUGAAUAUUUUAUCAUCCACAACCUGCACUCAGAAUGGCUGCUAUGGUGAAAGUCUUAACAAACAAGAUGACCUAAACCAGGGUUCCCCAACUGGUGGCCCGCUGAUGAUUUUAGUGGUUGUUUUAUUUUUUAAAUCUGUUCCAAAGUAUUCCUACUCGUAAUAGACAUAUACUGUAUGUGAUCGUACACAAAUGUAGGAAAGGUUUGAAAUUAUUAUGUUUUAGUCAAAUAUUAUAUAAUAUUAUAUGUAGAGAACAACUAUACACUGUAGAGAACAACACAACACUAUACACUGUAGAGAACAACACAACACUAUACACUGUAGAGAGCAACACAACACUAUACACUGUAGAGAACAACACAACACUAUACACUGUAGAGAACAACACAACACUAUACACUGUAGAGAACAACACAACACUAUACACUGUAGAGAACAACAUAACACUAUACACUGUAGAGAACAACACAACACUAUGCACUGUCUGUUUGGGCUUCUUGCAGUCGAUUUGCAGUCUACAUCCCCUCAAGAAAAAAAUCAUCCGGCAGCUGAAUGUAAUUGAUGACCCCUGAUCUAAACCCUCUAAACUGGAACAACUAUCUCAGUAACGGGUGCAAUAAAUCCAACGGCUUGCAGAUUGGAUUAGUUUAGAACAAUUUAAAGUUAUUUAUAUUUGUAUAGUAUAAGAUCAAUGAAUCAAUGAAUGUGCACGAGGAAACAGAUAUUAAAGCAAACUAUUCAAAAAAAAAUCAACAAAGCAUGCUGGGAAAUAUGAUAAUGAGCCCCCCCCCCCCACGUCUUUUUCACUCUGAGGGAGUUAGCGAAAAUUAACUCAACACAGUUGAGUAACCACGACACCACGCGAUUGAAAAAAAUUGUAUUGACUCAAAUGUCCUGUUCAGUUGUGCUGAAACGUAGGCAAGGUGACAGACAUUCCUAACACUGAUCUGAAUUAAAGGCAUGGAAAGUCACAUCAAUAUCUAAUGACUAAAUGCACUCUGAACCAGGACGAUGGAGAAGUUAACAUCUGAACACUUAGGAGAUAUAGGUGUUUCUCCUGGUUGGAAACUGAUUGGGAAUGGCUGACUAUCAUGUGAAAUCUUGCAAUUCUAAACACCUGUGCUUAACAUGUGAACACUUAAUGGCAAAUCUAAAUACCUAAUGUUUAAAGUUUUAUACACAGACGUUUAGGUUAUAAAGGUGUCACGUUUCAUGGUUUUACAGUGUAUUACAAUGAGUAUUUUCUGUUCAAGGGAGACCGUAUGAUUAGACAGGUGCGUCCCAAAUGGCAGCCUUUUCCCUAUGUAGUGCACUAUGAGCCCUAUGAGCCCUGGUCAAAAGUAGUGCAAUGUUAAGGGAAUAUGGUGCAAUUUGGAACACAAAACAUGAUCCCGUUUCUAACCUCUAAGAGGGGGUGGUUUAGUGUUUUGUCUUGGAGGACCAUCUAUUGAUUGUGUGUGUGUUCUCUCUCUCUCUCUCCAGGUCGAGACAUGGCCAACACAACCCUACCGGGCUAUCCCCCUCACGUACCCCCCACAGGCCAGGGCAGCUACCCCACCUCAACACUGGCUGGAAUGGUUCCUGGUGAGUGUACCUUUUGGUAGAUAUUACAUUUUAAAGUUUAACAUUUUAUUUUCAUUUCAAGAUUGUACAAACUGUCCCUCAUAUAAAGCAAUGACCUGUAGCGUGGACAGACAGCACACACCGUUACAUGUAGGCUAUCAGGAGACUAGUCCUGCUGGAUAACUGAGAGACAGACAGGGACAUGGUUAAAGGACAGAGACAGACAGAGACAUGGUUAAAGGACAGAGACAGACAGAGACAUGGUUAAAAGACAGAGACAGACAGAUAGACAGGGACAUGGUUAAAGGACAGAGACAGACAGAGACAUGGUUAAAGGACAGAGACAGACAGAGACAUGGUUAAAAGACAGAGACAGACAGAGACAUGGUUAAACAAGACAGACAGAGACAGGUAAAAGAAAGACAGGACAUGGUUAAAGGACAGAGACAGACAGAGACAUGGUUAAAAGACAGACAGAUGGUAAGACAGAGACAGACAGAGACAUGGUUAAAAGACAGAGACAGACAGAUAGACAGGGACAUGGUUAAAGGACAGAGACAGACAGAGACAUGGUUAAAAGACAGAGACAGACAGAGAUGGUUAAAGGACAGAGACAUACAGAGACAUGGUUAAAGGACAGAUCCUCUCAGUUCCACUCCAGUAUCUUAGCUCAUUAUCCCUCUGUGGUGUGUGCCGUGCAUGAGGCAUUCUCAGGAGCCGUCGAUAAACAGCUAGCGAUCUCCUCUCCUCCGUCUCUCUCCCAGUCCUCCCCUCGGCCUCCUCGUCCUCCUCUGUGGUCAGAGCGCCUCCCUUUCCACCCCUCUACUUAACCUGCGGUUCAGGUUCACAACAAACAGUGAAGGGUCACAACACAGAGGCAUGGGAGGCCAGUCAAUAUUUAAAUCGCUAUCUCUCUAAGGAGGGGCCGGCUGGGCCAGGGCUAGUAUUACACUGCCAGAACACACCAACCAGACACUGGGGCGGGACGGGAUGGGACGGGAUGCAUUCUGACUACUGCGCUGAUUCACUGGUUGUUUCCUGGUAUUCCCCGUCUCUGUGCUCGUAUACACCCCACCGCAGCAGCAUGCACCGCCAUUUUUCUUUGAGCUGAUCAACCCAUGCGGAAAGGAAAAUCCAAUCGAGUGCACAGCUGUGUUAGAAAAUCAUUAACCGAUUACAGCAUGCUCAAAGGGCUUCAGGAUUCAGACCCGCUCUCCCCCCGUCCAUCCGUACAAUCACUGUUUUGUCCACUGGAUGCAAUGCAAUGCACACCGUUUUCUUUUCAUAUGAGUUUCAGCAUAGAGUAUCAACAACACGUACAGUUCCUUCAGAAAGGACUUCACACUCCUUGACUUCUUCCACACGCUGUUGUGUUACAGCCUGAAUUUAAAAUGGAUUCCAUUGAGAUUUAGUGUCACUGAUACACACAGUGCCCCCAUCAUGUCAAAGUGGAAUUAUGUUUUUAGAAAUGUUUACAAAUGAAUUAAAAGUGAAAAGCUGAAAUGUCUUGAGUCAAUAAGUAUUCAACCCCUUCGUUAUGACAAGCCUAAAUAAUUCAGGAGUCAAAUUAUAAUUUGCACGGACUCACUCUGUGUCCAAUAAUAGUGUUUAACAUGAUCUUCAAAUGACUACACCAUCUCUAUACCCUCUGGUCCCUCAACCACAAAGACCAGGGAAGUUUUUCCAAUGGGUUCGCAAAGAAGGCCACCUAUUGGUAGAUGGGUAAAAAAAAAAAAAAAGCAGACAUUGAAUAUACUUUUGAGCAUGGUGCAGUUAUUAAUUAUUUUAAAAAUAAUAAUAGGUAAAUAUUAUACAAUCCAGGUGUGCAAAUAUUGUAUUUGUGUUUAUUUGUGAUAAAGUAUGUACAUUGUAACUCAUUGUUACUUGUUACACUGUAAUUACAUGAGCAGUUCCACCGUAUAAAGUCACUGUAAGGUAAAGGGCUAUCUAUUAUCUAUAUGACAGUUAGUUCAUUUGGUUGGAGUUGGAGAAUACGGCGUGUUUUUCACAGCGUCUUAUCAAAUCAGUUUUUACCACCCAGUCGUUCUCAUCAGUCACCAGACACCAGCAGUAACGUGGUGCUGGUGGAUCUCCAUUGAUCUGACCCACAGACACUAAGAUUUAGUGACAGGCCACCAAACACUGUUCAAAUCUCAGCCUUUAUUGCCUCAUAAAAGAAAGAAACGUGUAGGACCAACAGCAUUGCCUCACUGGCAUGGUCUAAGUUACUUCCUGCCUGCAAGGAAAAUUCUGUGGCAACAAAACAGCGGGACAGGAUUUCCUUUCCUCUGAGGAAGCCUAUAACAAGAGUUUAUAAUGCCAUUUCAACCAUUAGAAAGGAUGCUAGCAAAUGUCUUAAAACCACAGUGUUUAUUUCAAUGAUGUGGAAAAUAGAAGGUGUACAGGACAGUAGAUACUAUGACAGCAGGUGUUAAGAGGUACAGGACAGUAGAUACUACGACAGCAGGUGUUAAGAGGUACAGGACAGUAGAUACUAUGACAGCAGGUGUUAAGAGGUACAGGACAGUAGAUACUAUGACAGCAGGUGUUAAGAGGUUACAGGACAGUAGAUACUAUACAGCAGGUGUUAAGAGGUACAGGACAUAGAUACUAUGACAGCAGGUGUUAAGGGUACAGGACAGUAGAUACUAUGACAGCAGGUGUUGAGGUACAGGACAGUAGAUACUACGACAGCAGGUGUUAAGAGGUACAGGACAGUAGAUACUAUGACAGCAGGUGUUAAGAGGUUACAGGACAGUAGAUACUAUGACAGCAGGUGUUGAGGUACAGGACAGUAGAUACUACGACAGCAGGUGUUAAGAGGUACAGGACAGUAGAUACUAUGACAGCAGGUGUUAAGAGGUACAGGACAGUAGAUACUAUGACAGCAGGUGUUAAGAGGUUACAGGACAGUAGAUACUACGACAGCAGGUGUUAAGAGGUACAGGACAGUAGAUACUAUGACAGCAGGUGUUAAGAGGUACAGGACAGUAGAUACUACGACAGCAGGUGUUAAGAGGUACAGGACAGUAGAUACUAUGACAGCAGGUGUUAAGAGGUACAGGACAGUAGAUACUAUGACAGCAGGUGUUAAGAGGUACAGGACAGUAGAUACUAUGACAGUGGGUGUGACGCGGAAGACCACAACUGUCAGAUUUUCUACCGUUCAGUCUUGCAUCAUUAAAAUGAAAUGGAGAGAAAAAAUAAUAAAUAAAUGAUUUGGUUGACUAGUCUCAAAUAAAUGACUAUCAAAUUACCCCAUACGAUAUAUAUAUGAUGGGAAAUGGCAAGCAAGUGAAAGAGUUUCACAAGGUAAUGGAAUGGGACUUUAAAAAUGCUAAUUGUUUUGUUUGUUUUACAGGGAGUGAGUUUACAGGAAACCCUUACAGUCAUCCACAGUACACAACCUACAACGAGGCAUGGCGAUUCAGCAACCCAGCGCUACUAAGUGAGUAUGACUGACUGGAGUCUUAGAGCAUUUUACAACAACUACAGUAUUAUUAGAUAUUUUUUUUUACAUAUCCCUUAAACAUUUUUUUUUUAAAUAUUGUUAUAGCCUUGGCCGGUAUAAUUAAUUUACAACAGCUAACGGAUACAACCGUUAGAAUGUCAGUUUAGAAUGUCAGUUACUGAGAGGACAACAGGACACAUAAUCACAGUGUGUUGUGGGUUCUGGUGGAUGUUGUUUCCAACGGUCCAUUUCUUCUGUUAACCUUCCAGGUUCCCCUUAUUAUUAUAGUGCCGCAUCCAGAGGUUCCGGACCACCUACUGCUGCCACGGCAUAUGACCGCCACUAGUUACCAUGGAAACCAAAUCAACCACCACCACCACCACCUACACCACGACUACAACCAUGGCUUCGGCAGCGUCCAUGUUGCCCCGGUGUGA